UCCAUGCAAAGCAAAGUUCAUGCUUUCUUGACUAGUCUGCGACGUCUGGUAUCACAUUCUCCUUUAGACUUCUUUUGGCUCUCUCUUGUGUUUCUCAUGGCUUUAGAACAUAUAAAUUCCUUCCCUCUAAUAUUUCCCAUUCCCCAAAACUUCGCCUCAGAGAUCAUAGCUUUGGUUCUCCAAUCAUCUUCUAAAAUCAUGGCUGAGUUAGCGCUAUCAGCUGCCAGUCCUAUUGUCGAAAUGGUGGUGAAGAAGUUGGCAUCUGGGUUAUGGAAGGAGCUGGCACUGGUGCGGAGUGUUUACACCGACUUGGAGAAUCUGCAGAGUGACUUAUCGGAGAUCAAGAACGUGCUCGAUGAUGCAGAGAAGAAAUCUGACACUCUGCGAGGUUGGUUGAAGAUGCUCAGAGAAGCAGCUUUUGAUGCUGACGAUUUGGUCGACGAAUUGCAGACUGAAGCGCUGCGGCGAAGAAUGGAGGGACAUGACCACAUGACUGGAAAGGUGCGUGACUUCUUUUCCUCAAACAAUCCAAUUGCAUUUCGAUAUAAGAUGGCCCGCAAGAUAAAAGAGAUUACGGAGAGAUUUGAUAAAAUUACAAAGAAGAUCGGGGAUUUUAAUUUGAUGGGGAAAUCUGACUCAGAUAAGCCUGUGGACCGUGAAACCAGCUCAUUAGUGGUUGAAUCUAAAAUUUAUGGAAGGGUUGAAGAUGAAAAAGUGGUCAUGAAUUUCUUAGGUGGCUCCGACAAGGACAAAAAUAUCUCCAUCCUUUCAAUAGUUGGCCUUGGUGGUGUUGGAAAGACUGCCCUUGCUCGAUUAGUCUACAAUAAUGAGAAGAUUAAGGAGAAAUUUAAGCUUCGAAUGUGGGUGUGUGUGGGCCAAAAUUUUGAUGUAAAAGUGAUCUUGCGGGCAAUGAUUGAACAACUUCCAAAUGAGAAAAGCAGUUCCUCAAUCUUAGAAACCAUGUCAUUAUUGUUGCAAGAAAAAUUGAGAGAAAAAAGAUUUCUUUUGGUUCUAGAUGAUUUAUGGAAUAGUCAGGAAUCGGAGUGGGAAAGACUAAAACCUUUGUUCCUAGAUGCCCAAUUAGGAAGCAAGAUCAUAGUAACGACACGCAUUGAAACUGUUGCUUCUGCUGCAUCUACAAUCGGAACCGUCUCGGUACAUAAACUGCAAGGGUUACAAGAUGAUGAUUGUUGGACUCUGUUCAAGCAAAGGGCAUUUAGGUCUGACAGGGAAGAAGAUGACGCAGAAUUGGUGAAAAUUGGAAGGGGAAUCAUUAAAAAGUGUGGUGGUUUGCCUUUAGCAGCAAAGGCUCUUGGAAGUCUGAUGUGCACUAAAAGAGAGAAGGCCCAGUGGCUAGCUAUCAAAAACAAUGAGAUUUGGAAGUUAUCUGAAGAUAAGAUUGGAAUUCUUCCAGAAGAUAAGAUUGGAAUUCUUCCUGCACUAAAGUUGAGUUAUGAUCAUUUACAUCCUCACUUGAAGCGGUGUUUCACUUACUGUUCUGUGUUCCCUAAAGAUUAUAUUUUUGAAAUAAAGAGAUUGAUUCAGUUGUGGAUGGCAGAAGGACUCAUUGAUUUAUCAGAUACUUCUCAAAAUGCAGAGGACAUUGGCAAGCAAUACUUCCACAGUCUAUUGUGGAGGUCAUUUUUUCAAGAUGUUCAAAUGGACACAUGCAAGAUGCAUGAUUUAGUCCAUGAUCUUGCAUGUUCCCUCACAAAGGGUGAAUCUGAAUCUUUGGUCAUGGAAAUGGGCAGGAAAAUCAUUCCACAUGAAUGUCGCUAUUUAUCAGUUGUGCUUGAUAAUGUGUCAUCAAUAACUUCUAUUUAUGAAGCGAAAAAGUUGAGAUCACUUUUUUUGUUGGGGAAGCUGUAUUAUGGUAUUGAUGAAAUUUUUUUCAAUAUAACAAAAAAAAUCACCCAAAUACGUGCAUUGGACUUGAGGAAUAGUGGAAUUCAAAAGUUGUCUGAUAAAAUGAGCAGAUUAAAGCAGUUACGGUUCCUUGACCUAUCAUAUACUGAGAUCACAACAUUACCUACCUCAAUCACGAGACUUUACAAUUUGCAAACAUUGAACCUCCAACGAUGCGACCAACUACAAGAGUUGCCUGAAGGCAUAAGUAAUCUAAGCAACCUCAGACACAUAGAUAUAUCAUGGUGUGAUCAAGAUUACAACAUUACCUACCUCAUCACUAGACUUUACAAUUUGCAGGAAUUGAACGUCCAAGGAUGCCGCCAACUACGAGAGUUGCCUGAAGGCAUAAGUAACAUAAGCAACCUCAGACACAUGGAUACAUCAAGUUGCUACAAGUUGCCUUUCAUGCCUCGUUUCCUGGGCCAGUUGACUAACCUUGAGACACUAGGGAUGUUCAUUGUUGGUUGGGAGAAUGGGCGUACCAUCGCAGAGCUGGAACAUCUGAACUCUAUUCACGGUAAGUUAGAAAUUACAAAUCUGCAUAAUGUGAAGGAUGCGAAAGAGGCUACGCAAGCAAAUCUAGGGGCAAAGAGCAGAUUGAAUAACCUGAAGCUUCAAUGGAACAGAGCUCCGGAACCAUCAUCGACAGAAGUGGAAGUGGCAGCGGUUGUAUUUGAAAGGCUCCAACCUCAUCAUAAUCUAAAGGUGUUGGAUGUAAGUUGUUAUAUGGGCAUCAGAUUACCCAUUUGGAUGGCAAGGGCAGAGCUAGCAUCAUCUUCCUUUCCAAAUCCAGUUCGGCUCAUAUUGUGGAGUCUCGAAAGGUGCGAACAUGUUCCAUCACUCGGUCUAUUGCCCUUGUUAAAGCAUCUCACAAUGGGUGAAAUGCAUGCUGUGAAGAGAAUCGAAGAUGAGUUUUAUGGAGACGGUGGCGGCAAUGCAUUCCCGUCGCUAGAGGCGUUGUGUUUAUCGGACAUGCCCAAUUUGAAGGAAUGGCAUACGAAACCAAUGAUGGGAUCCGGAGGAAGGCAGAUGGCAUUCUUUCCUCGCCUUUCUCAAUUGUGGAUAGACUCAUGCCCCGAAUUAAUGGCGCAACCAUGUAUCCCGUGCUUUGUGGAGGAUCUUCGCAUAGAAAUGAGCAACGAGAUGCUCUUAUCAGCAGGGAGCCUUGCAGGGUUGUCCAAACUCAAAGAGCUGGAGAUUCGGGAAUGUGGAGUAUCGUUGUCGUCAUCAUCUAGGUGGUGGGAUGGGCUGCAAUACCUCACUGCCCUUGAGAAGCUACAAAUUUGGGGAUGUGAUGAGCUGACUUGUUUGCCUGAGGGUAUUAUGUACCUGGCCUCACUCCAUACCCUUCAUUUAGAUCAAAAUAGAAAUUUGAGGAGUCUAGAGGGGGGAGGAAGGAAGCAGCAGCAGCAGCCCACCCCCAUCUUUCCUGCACUGCAAGAUCUAUCAAUUAGUAAAUGUCCCAACUUGGCAACGCUGCCAGAUGGCCUGCAAUACCUCACCACACUCCAAGCGCUCUACAUCGACAUCUGCCCCAAGCUGGUGCUGCCAGAUGACCUGGGGCACCUCACUACACUCCAGAAGCUACGUAUCUCCGACUUGCCCCAACUGGCAAUGCUGUUAGAUGGCCUGCAAAACUUCAUUGCACUCCAACACCUGGAGAUCUACAACUGUCCCCAGCUGACAAUGCUGCCAGAUGGCCUGCGGCACCUCACUACACUUCGAAAACUAAAGAUCUACUGCUGCCCUCAGCUGGCAAGGCUACCAGAUAGCCUACAAGACCUAACUGCACUCCAAAUGCUAUACAUCGAUGACUGUCCUCAGCUGACAAUGCUGCCAGAUGGCCUGCGACACCUCAAUGCACUCCAAAUGCUGCAUAUCUACCUCUGCCCCCAGUUGGCGAGGCGAUGCAAGAGGAAGACAAGCGAGGACUGGCACAAAAUUGCUCACAUUCCAGACAUCAAAAUCUGGCCAGAAGAAGAUGAGAAAGAAAGCAGCAAGCCAUCAUCUACCUUCGCAAAGAAAUUCCUAGGUCAGUUUGGGUGCGCACGCUACACGGGCCAUAGCUGAGGCGCCAAUAGCGCUAUCUAUCGGUGAACUGCCUUUAUUGGUCUUCCUAGACUGCUGCUUUGGUUCGAGGAACUCAGCUAUCAUCAACUUUAAGGACCUUGGGAUCAUGCCAAUCUACCUUUAAAGCCUGACAGAUCUCUAGAGCCUGCAAAUCUUUUAUUACCUCUGGAGAGAUGAUGUCAGGAGGGUGGAGUCAGAAAUUAGUACCAGAGUGCUUGCCUUCCACUCCUAAACAAAAGAUAUCCUUGUUUGCUUCUGUUUCUAUUUAUUUGGUCUUCUGUCUUGUGCUGCUUAUUGUCAUUACCAUGAAUAAUGUCACAUUUUUUUUCUCCUCUACUUUUAUUUUUAAAAUAUAGCAGGGUUCUAUUUGUAUAUAUCACUCAAAUUAUAUUGUCAGAACGCCAUCUAAGAUUUUUGAUGUCCCCUUGUUUUUUGCUUUGUCAUUUAUCAUUUUCUCAAACGGGAAUUCCCGCUGUUCCUUUGGAUUGUAUUCCAAGAACAAAGAAAUUCAAAAGAUUGUUGAUCGUUUACUAUGUGGCCUCUGCCUUGCACAUUUGGCUUCUUUUCUUGUUGUACAGUCUUUAUGAAUUAUUAGUUCAAUUGUGCUAAUCAUACACAACUUGAUCUUGUCACAGAAGGCCAACCACUACGGUGAAUCUUAGACAAAUUUCUGUGAACAAUGGAUUCUCCGAAGAUUUUUCUCUGCUAGAUUCAACUUUGGACUUUUAGUAGUCGAUCUAAUUGGGUCUUGACCCUAUGUUAGAAUCGACGAGUAUAAUAAAUUAAACCUUAUUCUCAAGUGCAGCUAAAAAAAAGGCAGAAUUUAUAGAUGAAGAAGAAUUAUUUAAAGGGGGUUAUAUUCAUUUGUGAUUACUUAUUGUGAGAAACUGACUAGUUAGCUUGAGGUAUUAUGCAGGACAAUGAGCCUUCACUAUGAAACGCCAAUAGAUAGCUCGUGACACCUCACAACUCUCCAAGAACUUAUGAUCAGGCUGCUACCCCAAUUUGGUGAGGUGAUACUAGGGAGAGAAGAGAAUACUGGUACAUGAUUGGUCACAACCCAGAUGUUGGAAUCAUUCCAAACGAAAUUUGCCCAUCAGUAGAAGAGGAAACAAAUAUAAACGUUGAAAAAUCAUCCAAAAACUGCUGUACAGGAAUCAAACAGAGAAGAGAGGAGCAGAAGAUCUACUGCUGCUUAACCUAUCAGACAGUUGGGAUUGGCAACCUGCAUGUUUGGGUCAGGCUGAAGCAAUAGAACAUAACUAUCUUUGUUGGUUCAUCAUCUUCCCCCUUGCUUUUCUUUCUGCUUUCCCCCUUAAGAAAAUGCCAAAACAUUUACACUUUGUAAUGGCGAAACUUCAUGCUUAUCUGUUUCAUCAAUAAUCUUAUUAUGUUGCUUUGCACGCUUGCUUUCAAAUUCCAAGAAUAUUGCCUCUUAGUUGAUACAUGCAUCCUAUAUUUUUUUUUUCUUGGAAUCUGUUAACGUCUGUUUGCUAAUUAACUCUUCUUUUUUUUUGCAUUCUGUAGGAAUUCGUAAAAAGUCUACAUUUUCCACCCCUUACAAUCUCAAUACCCACUCUAAAUCUUGUUGUGCAGUUUUUAUUUCCUAAACAAAACAUCAACUUGAAUGCUGUUUAGCAUGCUCUUUCUAAAUAUUCAAAAUCAGUAGCUACAAGCCGAUGCCUAGGGA